AUGUUGUUUUUUAAGGCUAGUGGUGCAACUGCCAUAAGAGCAUUGUUUACCCUGCUGAACAAGGAAAACAAACCUGUUAUAUUGCUUGGACCAUCCAACACAGCUGCCCUGGAACCCGUUGCAGAGUCGGCAAAACUAUGGAAACUGGUUCAGGUUUGGACAUCAACUUUAUUGUUAUCAUGUUAAUGUUCAACUUGUCUGUGAUGUGGUAAAAUGAAUAAAACAAUCAAUCAGUAGAUGCUUCCCUCUAAUGUUCCCAUAUGAUACUCAGGGGUACUUUGAGUGCAGUGAGAUAAACGAGCAGGAUUUUCUUAUUCAUUUCUCCAUUGAUUGAUUCAUUUCACUAUUACGCUGGAGUACGAGAAUAGUUCGUCUUCGGCUCGCCAAUGUAAAUGCCAAUACAGAUAUCCCGUUGUAUAGCGUUUUCACAUGACUUCACGACGACCAUAUUGGUGUUCCAGAACAAUGAAACGGCGGCCAUGUUAGUGUUCCAAAGCAGUCCUCUGCGAGUUGACUUCUUUUCUCAUGCAAGCGCAUUCUUUUGUAAUUCCUGUAAAUUUGCAUAGAUGCUGCUCACGUGAGUGAAGAGGCUCUGUACACUGACUUAUUCUUUAUAAAUCAUUAGUUAGGUUAUGGACGUAUUUUAUGUUGUAAGAACGGAGUCAUACGCUCCGGUCGUUUCUGUAGGUUAUCACUCUUGCAAAAGCAAAGGCGUUAAAUUUAAGAUUCUCUUCUUCCCGUCUUUCAGGUUUCUUAUGCAUCAGGUUCGCCAAAAUUUGAAAACAAGUGGAUUUAUCCGAACACGUACCGUGCAUCUCCGUCCUCGGCUUCAUUUAGCAAAGCAAAGGUUGCCUUCAUAAUGUACUUUGGAUGGAAGAGAGUGGCCAUACUGCACCAAUACGAUCCAGAAUUUUUUUCUCCUGUACAGUACUAUUUUUUAUUUUAAUGUUUUACGUAAAUUUCGAUUGUAUGUAUGAACGUUAAGUUUCCACAGUAAGUGCACUACUGCUUUUUAACUGUGUAGCGUGAAAGUAGAAUUGGCAUUUCAAAGGUUUUCUCUUUACACCUGCCUUGCAAAUACUAUUUCCUGGCGCAGCUCUUCCAUUAUGCACUAUGCACAGAGCCAAGACAGUACAAUUUAGCAGCCAACGACUCUACGAUACGACUCAACCAAUAGUUCAUGACAGUCGUAAGAACGAGGAAUAUUUGAUAUACAAGACGCAAUAUGUGCAGUAGAGUGCACCAGGCUCCACCAGGUUUCUAUAAUGCCAUUUUCCCGACGAAACAAUUCACUCAACCCGGCAAUUUCGACGCUUUUUAUAGGGUAAUCUCUGUACCUAACAUACGGUCUACAGGGGAAAGAUUCUCACAUUUUCAGAGACCCAGUGAACGAUACACAUUUAGUUCCAACAACUGCGCGGCAUAGUUGACGAGAAUGCGUUGGAUUUGUAUAGAUUUACAUGCAGCUUAUACUGGACCUCUGGUCUGUACAAGUUUUUCUUCUGAGAAGACUAGCUCGUAAAAUCGUCCUGCCCCAAGUUCUUAAUUAUAAUCCCGACUUAUGUUCCUUUUUUCCUUUUAAACUCUAAAACUCUCAAUGCAGACUUAGACUAGACGCAUAAGGUGAGACAAAAUAAACCCUACAAAUCGACCUAUUGAUUGACUGACUAACUGAUUGACUUAUUUAUUGUUUUGUUUGCUUGUUUUUUUGCACAGACAGUGGAAAAGCUGAAGAUCGAACUUGUGAAGAGCAAAAUUAGCAUCAUUGCAAUUGAAGGUUUUGACGAGCUCGGCGAUGUCAGUUUUCAGAUGGAAAAACUCAAGGUUAACUCCUAGUUAUCAAUUAUUCAUUUUAGUUAUGUUUUGCAUUUCCUGGCUCUACCUUGCCAGUGCCUCUGAGCUUCUUCUCAAAUCUGGUGUCUUUUUCUGUUUUAAUUAGAAAUUGGAUGCUAGAAUAAUUAUCGGAGAGUUCAGCUACCUCGGUGCAAGGAACGUUUUCUGUGAAGUAAGUAAUGUGACAAAGCAGAGAAUGUGCUUCACCCUGAUUUCUAUUUCAGUGUUCAAUGCUGACCUGACUUAUAACUUGACUCAUGACUCGUUGACUCUAGCCUGCGUUGCCGAGACGGACUUGUCGCUAGGGUUCUCUAUCUGGGUCUCGAAUCGGGGAAAUAGACUGUCUGCAACGCAGGCUAGUUGACCCAUGUGACUAUUAAAACAAGAUUUCUCACAUUAAUGCCCACAAUUUAUCAUGUUUUGUCCUUCUCAGACCUUUUAACGGUAGAAAACCAAAAAGUAGAGAGCUAUGAUGUUUUAUCUUUUUUUCUGAAAAAACUAAAACCUUCAUUUAGCUGUGUUACAUAUAACUCUAACUCAUGAAAUUUUUCUAACGCAGGCCUUCAAAAGGAAGAUGUAUGGACCGAAUUAUGCUUGGAUAAUAUUUGGUGAAUUUAGCCCUACAAAAAUUUUCCCUGAUGACCCGAAACUUCCAAUCAGUGCUUUACGCGAUUGUUCAAGUAACGAGCUAAAGGAGGCAGCAAAUGGUUACAUUUCCACCAUCAAGUUGGAAAUCCGUAUGGACAAUAACCAAACCAUAUCCGGCUUGGUAAGUUGACUGGUACGUUGAUAGAGGACAUUAACUAUUAUGUAAACGUUUCUCUUGCUUUGCGGUACUGUAACUUUGUUCGGCGAAUUGUGCCGGUACGAACACCAUCAUGUUACACAAAUGCAUCGUUUCUUUGUUGGGACCACUUUUCGCUCAAAGGACGGUGAAAUGUUACCAAGAGUACCACCUUUUCAAGUUCUAGCUUUCUUUGCAUUCAAUAAAAAGAACUUUCCUAUUAAAACACCAGUUCUGGGACGCCAUUUUUUUGUUUUUUUCAUGUUGUUGUCGUUAUCAUUAUCACAUUAACGUUACUUUUUCAUGUUUCUUAAGACGUCUGAAAGAUUCUGGUGGCAGAUGAGGCAACUGAACAAGCACAACAAUCUGAGAAAGGACUCUGCGUACGCCUUCGAUUCAGCAUGGGUAGUAGCCAUGGCACUGGAUUCCGCUUUUGCUAAAGGGAUGAAAUAUGAGAAGCUUUUAAACCGAAAAUUCAAGCAAGUUGUAGCGAUAAGAAAUGGUGUUCAAAACAUAAACUUUCCGGGAUUAACUGUAAGUAUAAUCUACGAUAACACGGCAGAUUUUGAAUUAAGCGUUUUAUCAAUAAGAAUUAUGCUACACUAUCUUUUAAGACACAGAAAAGGAAAAAUUGUUUUGGGUGCUGGUAAAUGCUUUUAAAUAAUAAUAUUCCUCGGUUUUUCUUACAGAUUCCAGUACAUUUAAGAUAAAAUUUAGUAAUUUUUGUUGUACAGGGGCCUGUAGGCUUUGAUGAAAACAGAGAAAGAGUUGGAACAGUUCUUAUUAAGCAAUAUAGAGAAGGUAAGCUGCUCUGUAAGGAUAAUAGUUUCUUGUAGGAAAAGUGCUUGGAAGAAGAAUUUCCUGUAAAAACGACAAGAUGAGUUAUGAAGAAAUACAUUUGCAUCUGCAUUUGUCUCCAAAAAGGCACCAUUUUGCAGUUGUCUCCCAAAAUAACAAACACAUUGAAAAAUACAUUAACUUACAGGACGUUGAGAGAAGACUUGUUAUGUGCAUUUAAAAAAAAGAUCUAUAAAAUGUUUCUUGAUACCUAUUUUUUUCUCAUUGUAAUAUUUAUAAUCAUAGUCGUUUCAGUUUAAGUUUUAAUUGAUUGCCAGCUCGUUAUGUGAAUAACAAGUAAGGUUUUUGUUGUCCUUUUUUAGGAAAAGAAACUAGGAUUGGUCAACAUUUCACCUCCUCCGACGAACUCCAUCUAUUUGAAUCUGAGCGAAAUAGGAUAUGGGAAGGUAAUAAAUGUUUCCGUUACACUUCAAUGUCUUAUCAAAAUAUCGAAAUUGCUGUCACUGAUGAUGAUGAUGAUGAUGACGAUAAUGAUGAUGUAAUGACAAUAAUGAUAAUGAUGACGAUGAUAACAAUGACGUUGGUGAAUUAAUGAAUAAUCGAUUAAUAUGUCGGUAAAUUCUGUCUGAAAUAACCGAAGCUGAUAUAGCAUACACUCCCUCGAAUGCCUUUUUAUUAUUGAAGGGCCUUCCACUUGCCACGUCGUCUGGUGUCCUGUUUAGUUCCUUGAACAAUCUGCAGCUCUAAGUACAUUCUAUAAUUUGCUCAUCUGAUGUUCAGUAUAAUAAUAAAAAAAUAAAACUUUAAUAAAUACUCCCAAAAAAAGGUUUUUCAGUACCUAUUUACAAAUAUAAAUGCAAACUAUAUCUAACAGGCUAAUAUUGUUAAAUGCUAACUGUCAUUCAAUCAUUCAUUCAUUACAAGUUUCAGGGCUUAAAGGCCUUUACAGUUGUAGCGUUUCUAAGGUCUUCGUCUAACGUGUUCAACAGGGAUACUGCUCUAUAGGCGAAGGUCCGUUGGCCGGUGGCUGACCUGAAUAAUGGGAUUUCGAACUUCUCAUUAUUACGGGUUGUGCGAUUAUGUACAGAAGAUCGUUUUUUAAACUUAGCACAUAGGUAUUCAGGAACUAAAUUGCUGGCACACUUAUAAGCCAUAACAGCGUCUCUGAAUUUGAGCAUCUUGCUAACUGGAAGCCGGUUGAGUUCGUCAAGUAAUGGCGUCACGUGGUCAUAUUUCCGAGCGCCGCAGAUGAUUUUGCCGGGGAAAUUCUGAAUAAGUUACAGCUUUUGAAUCUUCUUAGAUGAGGUAUUAGACCACACAGUCAGUAGUCUUUGCUGUCUCUCCAAUUAAAUGUACACAUGAGUUUAGGGCACAGUCCGUUCAGAGUCAACGAUAAUAUGCAUGGGCUCCCCCAAAUCUAGGGCAACUCAGAUUUUUGAGCAGCAAGGGAAAUUUGGGCAAAGCAAGUUUUUAAAGAUCCAAAAACCUACUUUGGGAGCAGAGCUUUAAUGACCGCCAUUUGUGACUUGGAGUUUAUCUUCGGACUGUGUGUGCUCAAAGUUAUCCUGAGUAACAAUAGUAGUCUGUGCAAGGUUGGGAUUGUGAGAAUUCUGUCAGACGUGCCAUUUCCUAGGGAGGGAGAGAUUUACUAGAUCUUACUAGACUUCGCUUGUUACUGGCCCAAGACGUUUCCGUUGCGUGCCCAUAUAUACUACUCGAAUUUUGUUACAAACGACCUUCAUCUGUGGAUAAUCAGGUGGCUGACCUGCAGCUGGAGCUGGGGCCAUGAACGCCUGCUACGAUGAGAUUUCUCUAAUUUCAAGCAUUGUUCUGAGCAAUUACUUAAUGCCAGAGAAAGCAGAGUAAAAGUCUCCAUUGUUCCAUGUUACAAGAAACGCGGUCGCGUGGUUUUGGUUUUGGACUCUUUUUGAUUUCAUCUUUUGCAUUUCCCCUUCAGGCAAUCGACCACCGAAGGAUCACACCAGCAGAAAAAUUGAGCUGAUGAUGAGUCCCUUACCACUUAUCGUCAUAAUGUGGUUCAUGGCAGCGAUCGGCAUCAUCUGCUCGUUGAGCUUUCUAUAUUUUAACAUUAGUAAAAGUAAAAACAGGUAGGACUUUAACCAUGCUAUUUCUGACCUUUUCCAAUACAAAACACAUUCUCAAGCAAAAGCCUUUUUGAAUAGUUUCCGAUCUCUAAUCUCAUCUUGCAUUAAAUAUAGGAGUUCUUUGUCUAUUAACAUCUUUUAUUUUGAUUUUUCUAUUUUGCCAGGAUAAUCAAGAUGUCGUCGCCUAAACUUAACAAUAUUAUUAUUGUGGGAUGCAUCUUGUGCUACGCCUCCAUUGUUUUGUUGGGUUUGGAUGCGAGGUUUCUCGAUUUGCAAGGUUAUGGCAUCAACUGCAAC